GAGCCCCUUCCAGUGGGUCAGCUGUGAUGGGGAGCGGGGCUACAGGGUUGCAAUGCUGCAGCGCUGGGCACGGAGGGGUUAAGUCCUGCAUGGUGGGGGGAGCAGUGUGCUUCCAGUCCGGGCCCCCCUGGCUGAGCUGGCCUUGGGUAGGAAAAAGGUGUUUCCUGUGCAUCUGCUGACACAAAGCUCCUGGGGAGACAGUGAGGUGGGACAGUGGCCAGCAGUGGUUCAAAAGCCAGCGUGGAGCACGCUGUGUCCCUGUGGGGGAUGUAGGGACCCCACCUUUCAGCCCCUGCCCGGGGUUGGCAGCGCUGUAGGGUGGCUCAUGGCGGUCAGGGCAGGGAGAGGCAGUGGACACCUCAUGUGGGUUGGGGGACGUUGGCUAAAACAGCUUUGGGGGUGAUGGAGAAUGGGCACCGGGGGAGCGGGAUGACUGUGGGUGAUGUUCAGGCAGGCACCAGCCCCUGCGUGGCUGCGCCGAGGCCCUGGAUGCUCUUUUCUGCUGCUAGGGUGGCAGCAAGGGCCACAAAUAGCCCAUGUGGUGGCAUUCCCUGCCUCCCCCUCCCCACUGCAUCCCUGACGUCUGGAUCAGGGCGCCUCCUCCCGCGUUUCCUCAGGAAGAAACCCAAGGCUGGUGGGAGGAAGAGGCUGACCACGGGAGGGACGGGACGGGACGGACGGGACAGACGGACGCCAGUGCAGGGCUGGGGAGCCGCUGGGACUUGGGCCCUUGUGCCCUGUCGGGAUGGGGAGCACCCGGCCCAUCCUCUGCCUCCAGCUGUGGCUGUGGGUGCAGAGCUCUGCCCAGGAGCUUGACCCCGACGGCAGGAACGUCUGCAGGCUCCCCAGCGGCCCAGCGUGCUGCCCCGGCUGGAAGCAGGAAGGGCAGGAGUGCACGGCCGCACUGUGCGAGGGGGAGGAUGCCUGCGGGGUGGAUGAGGUCUGCGUGAGACCUGGGGUUUGCUUCUGCAAACCCGGCUUCUUCGGAGCAGACUGCAGUUCCCGCUGCCCUGAGCAAUACUGGGGCCCCGACUGCAAGCGGAGCUGCCCGUGCCACCGCAAUGGGCGCUGUGACCCGGUGAGCGGGCGCUGCACCUGCGACCCCAACCACUGGGGAGAGCUCUGCCAGUUCCCCUGCCAGUGUGGCCCCCACGGCCGCUGCGACCCCCUCACCGGUGCCUGCCGCUGCGAGCCAGGCUGGUGGGCACCCACCUGCAAGAAGCAAUGUCAGUGCAACCCCACCAGCUCCCACUGCGACCCGCUGACCGGCCACUGCCACUGCCAGCCAGGCUGGUGGGGCAGGAGGUGCAGCUUCAAAUGCUCCUGCAACAUCUCGCCCUGUGCCCAGGAGACGGGCAAGUGCGAAUGCAAGGCUGGGUUUUGGGGGCCGGCGUGCCAGCGGCGCUGCGACUGUUUGCACGGCUCCUGCAGUCCCGUCAGCGGGCACUGCAGCUGCAGCCCUGGCUGGCAGGGCAGGAGCUGCCGGGAACCCUGUCCUGCUGGGAAAUAUGGGGCUCAGUGCGUGCACAGCUGCGGGAGCUGCAAGCGCAGCCAGCCGUGCUCACCUGUGGACGGCUUCUGCCUGGCCUGCCAGCCCGGCUGGAAUGGGACCCUCUGCAAGGAACCCUGCGCUCCCGGCUUCCACGGCGAGGGCUGCCUCCAGCCGUGUCCCCGCUGCCAGCGCGGGGAGGCCUGCGACCCGGAGACCGGGUCCUGCCUGCACUGUGACCCUGGCUGGAUGGGACCCAGCUGCAACAGCUCCUGCCCCGCAGGCACCUUCGGUGACGGAUGCCAGCUCCUCUGCCCCGAGUGUGUUGCAGGGAGCUGCGACCCCGUGUCAGGAGCUUGCAUCUGCCAGGCAGGCUACUGGGGAGCCAGCUGCAAUGACACCUGUCUGGAGGGGUAUUUUGGAGUGAACUGUUCCUCACCCUGCCAGUGCUCCCGGGGGACCUGCCACCCUGUGCGGGGUGAUUGUGUGUUGAGUCUUAAGGACCAUGGAGCCCUUGCAGCCGCCAUCCUUGUCCCUCUCCUGCUGCUGCUGCUUUGCAUCGCCUGCUGUUGCUGCGGAGCCAGCCCAGCAGAUGCUAGAGACAGAGCGGCCGUGCCAGAUGACGACGUUGUGGCCAGGAUGAAGCACCACGUGCAUGGGGUGCUGGCGAACCUCAGCGCUAUGAUGCCUUGCUUUUCCCUGGGGGGCUAUAAACUUCCCAAAGUCACAGUUUCCCACCACGACACAGAAAUCCCUUUCAACCCCAGCUUCAUUGAGCCGCCGUCGGCUGCGUGGGUUUCAGACAGCUCCUUCUCCUCCUUCGACACUGACAACGAGGGACCAGAGUACUCCGUCCCUCCCAGAGAAGGCAUCCCACUGCUGGGGGGGGCCGAGCUGCAGGAUGGGGUGUCUCCUGCCGGUGAGGCACUCCCAGACCCAUCUGCCUUUGACUCUGAGGAUGUCUCACAGCCCUUUGCCAUCCCUCGCACCUCCAGCAUCGCCAAGGCCAAGCGGCCUUCCGUGUCCUUUGCCGAGGGGACAAAAUUUGGGGCAGCGGAGACCCCCAGCCCUGGGCGGAAGCCCAAGUCCCCGUGGGGCCCAUCCAAGCUGUCCACACCACCAGGGGACACAGCAGCUGAGCCCCCCACUGAACAACCAGCCAGCGAUUGCUAUGAGAGCCCCGAGCCCCUCAACAAGGGGGAGGAAAGCCACCGGCCAUCACCCCGGGCCACCCCGGGGGGACGCCGGCGGGUGAUCUCUGGCACCAGGCACGUGGCCCAGAGAGUGGAAGCACUUGAAGCAGCUGCAAAAUCCAGCAGCUGGGAGAGGAAGGGGAAGGAGCCCAAUGUCACCACCAUCUACAUGAUGGUGGGAACGGCUGGGCAGGACCCCAAGGCAGAGGGGGGUGGCGAGGGACCGGUCCAGGCUGUGCUCAAGCGGCUGGGCAGCUUGCAGAGGGGCAAGUGGGCUGCAAAGGAGGAGCCCAAGGUGAGGAGGAGCGUCGAGGCAAUCCAGAAGCCGCCCCGCCGGGCCCUGGCGCAAUGCAGAGACUCGGUGAGUAGCUGCAAGCAGAGGGAGAGUGUCGUGGGGGCUCCCACUGAGCCAUCCCCUGGCAAGCACCAGCAGCUCCCUGGGAAGAGACAGUCCUUCCUUCUCACGUCUCCCUUGCCAAAAAGCACAGGCGCCCAGGAUGGGGCCCACGAUGCUGCAGGUGCCACAGAGAGAGGCAAAAGCCCUGAGCUACUCAGCUUUGAAACAAAGGGACAGGUUGCGUCAAAGGAAGAGCCAAAAUAUGAAAAUGUGACCAGCAGCGGUGGCGACUCGCCCCCCAGCCCCACCAAGGAGCUGCUGGCCACCCCUGCAGCCACCUGAGCCACCAUCGCCUGGGCCGGGGCCAUGGGAGCACAGGAGGCUCCUCUGACCCAAGCGUGGCAGGAGCCAAUGUUCCCCUCGGAGCUGUGAACUGGAAAGCAUCAAGCCUUCCCACUGACCCCUCUUCCUCUGCACCAAGUUGCUGGUGUGGACCCUCACUGGCCGGCACAACCGGUGGGAUGGGUGAUGCCAAGAGCUGCAGCAGUGGCAGCCCCACGCCGUCGCGGUGUUUCAGGGCUGGUUUCUGCUCUCCUCUGCCCUAUGUGCCCCAUUUUGUGUCUGCCACAGCCUGGAGGGACAGCGAUGCUCUGGACACAGUGGUGGCACCUUCUAGUCCUCAUAAAAGGGAGCGGGGCUGCUGGGUGCUCAGCUGGGAACCACACGGGCAAAAACCAGUUUCGCCCCAUGGGUUUUCACCUUUCCCUGUCCUAGCUCUGGUAAUGCUGCUCAGAGUCUCUUGCUGUAAAGGUGCUUCUCGCUGGAGGGGAUUAUUUUGUGGAGCUGGGCUGGGGAGAGAUGAUGGGCUAUCACAAUCAGCUUCAGCAAAAAUGUAUUUUAACUGCUUAUCUCAAAGGGUAUCUGGGUCUGCAGGGGUUUAUCUGUGUGGCUCUGGCUUUUGUGGCAGGCUCUGGCUGCCUUCGUUUCUACGUACAUGCGUAAAAAGACUCAUGGCACAGCACAGGGUUUGUCAACAGCCUUUUAAACUCCACGCAAUACCAAACUGCAGUUGUGCAAGAGCAAACGUGGCAGCUGUGCCAUGACCAUCAACCUGUGCACCUGGCGUUGUGCCGAUCUGAUAAGGAUGAAAGCUGCAGGGAACAUGGCAUUUCCACAGGUGCCCUAAGCUCCUGCCAUCUCCCACGCCUCAUUCCUGUUGCAGCAACGUGUCACCAUGGGUGGCUGAGAUGCCAUGAAAGUGCUGCAGCAUGUCCAGCACAGCCAGAGGACCUCGGACAGCACGGGCGAGACUGGCACAAGGGCUCUGCUGCCUGUGCAAGGCGGUUGAGAUGCCAAAGAGGAUUUGCAGCAUAAACUGGAUUUAGAUGUAUCUAAGUGGUAGAAGUUUCUUGUAUAUUUUUCUGUUACUUCAUGUGGCAUGAAAGCCUCUGAAUGAAAAUUAAAAGAUAAAAAAUUC